AUGGCUGCAACGGAUCAGCCUUCGGGCUUGAUGGAUAUUGCGAGCUCUCUCACGCAGGAUGAAAUUCCAUUCAAGCUGCGAUGCGCUAUCUGCAACAAAUUGGCUGUGAACGCGUUCCGGUUGCCUUGCUGCGAUCAGGCUAUCUGCGAAAGCUACCAAGUGUCACUGCCGGAGACCUGUCCUGUCUGCGCACAUACGCCUCUCUCCUCCGAUUUAUGCAAGCCGAAUAAAGCUCUCAGGACGACUUUAAAGGCUUUCCUUCGUACCGAGGAAAAGAAGCGUGAAAAAGAGCGCCAGUCAGCAACUCCUGCGGCUACCAAUGAUGCGACCUCUGUGCAGGGAACUCCGGCCCAGCAAGAGACUCCCGCAGUUUCUGAUAUCCCGGAAACUAAGCAGGAAGAAGCCCUACCGGAAGUGGCACCCACUGUCGAAGCUCCAUCAGAAGAGCCUCUAGUUGGUGGAGACCCGUCGGAGGCUGUCACCGAGCAAACUGAUGGGAAUCAUGAAGUUCCCCUAGAAUCCCAACCCCCGGGCGAGGUAAUUUGCAUCCCUCACAAUUGCAAGAAAGGAGCGCAGAUAUUGACUUCAUGGCCUCGACAGGACGAACAGACCGAAACUGUGCUCGCAGAUGGAACUGAAAACCCGGAUGCGAUGCAGCAAAACGGUUCUGGUGAAGGAGAAGAUGCAGAUGAUGCCAAAUUGGCUCAGGAGUCCGAACAGGACAUGACCCAGGACCCGGGAUCAGGCCAAAUGCUCCCCAAUGGGAUGCCGUUCGGCAUGGCUCCGGGGAUGUUCCCCAUGGGUUGGAAUAACAACAACGGGGACUUCAAUCCGAUGUCUCAGUUUAUGGGCAACGGAAUGUUCAAUCCUAUGGGAAUGGCCGGCAUGAUGGACCCGAUGGUCGCGAAUCAGGGUAUGUUUGGAGGUUACGGGAUGAACAUGAAUGGCAUGAAUUCGGGGAUGAAUUUCGACGCGGGUCAAGGGAUGUAUGGGGGAUGGGACGGCUCACAAAACAAUAUGUGGAAUGGAGGCCAAGAUAAAUUCAAUCCAAAUGCUUUCGCAAAUGGUAUGGGCCCACAGUAUGGGGUCCCCUCUGGAUUUGGCGGAUAUAAUAUGUCUCAACCCAACGGAGUUCAUCCUCAAAUGCAGCAACAACAAUUCCCUAACCAAGAUUUCCAAUCCGGCUAUUAUGGUCCCGGGUAUGGCCGGGGCAAUUUCCGGGGCCGUGGUCGCGGAUUUUACCCCGGUGGCCGUGGCCGCGGCGGCUUCACGGGGCCUAUGCAAGCUAAUUACCCUCCUAAUGCUAACUACCCAGCGUUUAAUUCCCCUAACUUCAAUCAAGACAUGUCAUCCCAAUUGCAGGAAGGCGUAUCUGCAGAGAUGUCGUCUGGAGACCCCAACGGCACUGAAGCGACAAAUGCUAACGAUGAGAAUGCCCCAGGCGGUCAUUUGGAUGGCACUAAAGACCCAUCAUUGAAUGAGAAUGCUGCUGAUGUGGGCGACAAUGGUGAAGCCAGUUCUGCAAAGGGCCCCACCAUGGAAGAUACUACUGGUCCCGAGGAAUCGGGGCUGCGUGGUAUACCAACAAUUGACAGUCUUGACCAGGCCAAUGCCGCCCAAGGGAUGCACAAUGGGCCCAUGAUGCCGGGGCCAAUGGGGCCAGGCUUUGGCCGAGGUUAUAUGCGUGGGCCAUUUACGGGAGGCCGUGGGGGGCCUUUUGCUGGGCCACCCUUCAUGCCCGGAUCCGGCAUGCCUGCACCUAGAGGACCUGGUGUCGAAGGCGCACCAGCUGCUCCCCGGGCGAUGCGGGAAGGUCUUCCAAAUACUAGUGUUCUCCGGCAGCGGAACUUCCAGGGACCGGGACGAGGAUCUGUCCUAUCGGUGAGACCUUCGGACGCUUCGCAGAGCACGACCCCAGCACCUCAGGAAGACCACCGCCCGCGGUCGACUUCAAGGUCGAAGUCGCGAGCUCGGUCGGCAUCGAGAUCGAAAAGCCGAUCUCGUUCCCGUGCGCGGUCCCAGUCCCCCGGUCGUCGUCACAAUCGCCCACGCUCCGCAAGUAUCGAAAACGGCGCUGAGGACUCCGAGCGCAGACGUGAGCGGCCAAGAAGGCCCCGUCGCGAGGACAAAUACGACGAACAGUCUCAAGCGGAAGAUGAGCACCGCACUCGUUCACCUUCUGUCGAUUCCCGCCGGUCAUCACGGCGGGACAGGGAGCGAGACAGGAGAAGCGGCCGUCGAUCGCAUCGCUCGCACCGCCACCGCAGCCAGAGUCCCAGUCGCAAUGGAGACUCUCGCGGUGCCGACCGUCUCGCAUUGAUCCCGGAAGAAAAAGACCCCGGCUCUCGAAGCAGGACACCCGUCAUUAGCGAGGCCCAGGAGAGCUCCAGCAGGACCUACCGAUCCGGCAAAGACCGCACCAGUCGUCGCGACGACGAACGGGAGAGAGAUCGAGACUCUCGACGCCGGGAUCGUGAAAGAGAUCGCGAUCGCGAUCAUUACCGGGAAAAGGAAAGAGACAGAGACCGUGAGAGGGAUCGUGACAGGGAAAGAGAUAGAGACGGGGCCCGCGAUCGCCACCGCGACCGUGACCGCGACCGUGACCGUGAUAGGAAACGGUCUCGUCGCGACCGAACUGAAUCUCCCGUUGACAGUGACUACUCAUCGCGACACCAUUCCCGGCGUAUCAAACGAAGCCGUGAAGACGAGAUCCGUGAUAAAGACCGGACAAGAGACAAACCCCCUUCAUCAUCAACCAAGACUUCUGAACCGGAGAAAGACCCUCACACGUUAGAGCGUGAGGCCCGCAACCGCGAGCGCUUGUUGAAAGAGCAGCAACGGCGCGAAGCGAUGCAUGCAGACCGUGAUGUCGGUAAACCCAGCCGUCGGCGCGACAGUCGUCAGGAGCGAACGGCGGCCGGCGGCCGACGCCUCACUUACAAAUAUGAAGAUGACGAGAGCGACGCCGCUCGCGCGGCACGAGUAGAAAAAGAACGAGAAGCCAGUCGAUGGGCAUAA